AUGUGCUCCACUGGAUGCUGUUCCACGGGAUGCUGCUCUGUCGUGAAGAGCAAGACCGUGUGCUGCACCCCCUGCAAGACCGUGUGCUGCACCCCCUGCAAGACUGUGUGCUGCAGCCCGUGCAAGACUGUGUGCUGCAGCCCCUGCAAGACCGUGUGCUGCAGCCCCUGCAAGACUGUGUGCUGCAGCCCCUGCAAGACUGUGUGCUGCAGCCCCUGCCAGAAGCCCUGCUGUGACCCAUGCCAGUCCUGCUGUGACCCAUGCCAGUCCUGCUGUGAUCCAUGCCAGAAGCCUUGCUGUGACCCGUGCCAGUCCUGCUGUGACCCGUGCCAGUCCUGCUGUGACCCAUGCCAGAAGCCUUGCUGUGACCCAUGCCAGUCCUGCUGUGACCCGUGCCAGAAGCCUUGCUGUGACCCGUGCCAGACUUGCUGUGACCCGUGCCAGAAGCCUUGCUGUGACCCGUGCCAGACCUGCUGUGACCCAUGCCAGAAGCCUUGCUGUGACCCAUGCCAGUCCUGCUGUGACCCGUGCCAGAAGCCUUGCUGUGACCCGUGCCAGUCCUGCUGUGACCCAUGCCAGAAGCCCUGCUGUGACCCAUGCCAGUCCUGCUGUGACCCAUGCCAGAAGCCCUGUUGUGAGCCAUGCAAGACUGUCUGCUGUGACCCAUGCCAGAAGCCUUGCUGUGACCCGUGCCAGACCUGCUGUGACCCAUGCCAGAAGCCCUGCUGUGACCCAUGCCAGACCUGCUGUGACCCAUGCCAGAAGCCUUGCUGUGACCCAUGCCAGACUUGCUGUGACCCGUGCCAGAAGCCUUGCUGUGACCCGUGCCAGACUUGCUGCGACCCGUGCCAGAAGCCUUGCUGUGACCCGUGCCAGACUUGCUGUGACCCGUGCCAGAAGCCUUGCUGUGACCCAUGCCAGACUUGCUGUGACCCAUGCCAGAAGCCUUGCUGUGACCCAUGCCAGUCCUGCUGUGACCCGUGCCAGAAGCCUUGCUGUGACCCGUGCCAGACCUGCUGUGACCCGUGCCAGUCCUGCUGUGACCCGUGCCAGUCUGUGUGCUGCACCAAGGUGUGCCAGAAGUCCGUGUGCUGUGUCCCACGGCCCUGCUGCAGCCCCUGCGGGUCCCUGUCCUGCUGCUCCUGCGUGGUGAAGAAGCCCGUGAUGGUUUGCUGCACCCCCGUGAGGAAGUACUGCACCCCCUGCAUCCCCAUCCAGCAGUGCUGUGCCAGCCUCAAGAAGUCCUGCUGAGCUACCCCGGCUGGCUCCAAGAAUGGGCACAAGGAGCUGCAAAGCUGCUCAUUUGCAUCCGGUUCUCAUGGUGAUGGAGCCAAUUCAUAGAGAUUUUCUUCUUCUUUCCAAGCUUAAGCUGCUGCUUCUUUCUGUCCUUUAGUUAUCUAUGGUCUUUAAUUAUUGACUGCUCAUUGUAUAAGGCAUUAGAUAUUAGUGGGGUGUUAAUUCUCCUCUUGGUGUUUGGGAAACCUUUGGUGUCACUGUGACCACUCUUCAUUUCCUCUCUUGACUUGUAGACAAUAAAACUUAGCAUUAAGCAAAACACAACA